AUGUUAUGCCAGAUCAUUGGUCAGGCCAAGAAGCACUGGAGCUUGAGCCCCCUCUUCGUAUUUAUUGGGGCAGGAGGUACUGGAGCAGCACUGUAUGUCUUGCGCCUGGCAUUGUUCAAUCCAGAUGUUAGUUGGGAUAGGAAGAAUAACCCAGAACCCUGGAACAAACUGGGUCCCAAUGAUCAAUACAAGUUCUACUCAGUGAAUGUAGAUUACAGCAAACUGAAGAAAGAAGGUCCAGACUUUUAAAUGAAAUGUUUCACUCUAAAGCUGCUUAGAAUGAAGGUCU